AUGUCCUCCCCUGAAAUCUUCCAACUUUCUCUCGGUCCAUUGACUGGUAUCGCAUUCAGUCCUGAUCGAAGCCAGGUCUGUGUUUGCCCAAAUACCAACGAAGCUCAGAUCUACACUAGAAACGGUGAACAAUGGGAUCUUACUGAUACCCUCGCAGAGCAUGACAAACUGAUCACUGCCAUUGCAUGGGGUCCCAAUACCAACAGAAUCGUCACUUGUUCCCAAGAUAGAAAUGCGUAUGUUUGGACCCAAACUGAACAAGGAUGGAAACCUGCUUUAGUCAUUUUGAAGAUCAACAGAGCUGCUACGUGUGUUAAAUGGAGCCCAGCAGAAAACAAAUUCGCCGUAGGAAGUGGAUCCAGGAUUAUCGCCAUUUGUCACUUCGACGAAGAGAACAAUUGGUGGACAGCUAAACAGAUCAAGAAGCCACUUCGAUCUACCAUUUUAUCUCUCGAUUGGCAUCCAAACAACUAUCUUCUUGCCGCUGGUACUGCCGACGGCAAAGUAUAUGUCUAUUCCGGUUACAUCAAAGGUCUUGAAGCCAAGCCUGAAGCAACUAUCUGGGGUGACAGGCUUCCUACCGGUGCAGUUUUGGCCGAAUUCAAGAGUCCUAACGGAGGUUGGGUACAUGAUGUUGCUUUCUCCCCAUCAGGAGACAUUCUAGCUUUCGUCGCACAUGACUCCUCGCUCAACGUCAUCUACGCUGCUGGACCUAACGAACCUCCCGCUGCUCACAUCGUGGUAAAAUUACCUUCUUUACCCUUCACCAGUUUAACUUUUGUGUCUGAAAGCUCGAUCGUUGCUGCAGGACAUGAUUGUCAACCUAUCCUCUUCACCGGAUCAGAAUCUGGAUGGUCAAUUUCUCACUCAUUAGAUGAUCCAACUUCGUCCAGUAAACCUUUAACACCAAGUGCUACUGGAGUACGAUCAGGUGGUGUAGGUCGAUUAGGUAACAACGAAGCAUUCAACAUGUUCAAAGCGGCCGAUUCUAAAGGUCAAAGAGGCACACCUCAACCUGGUGCUGCACCUUCUUCAGCAGGUUUAACUCCUGUAGGACAAGAUGGUCAAUUGUUGACUAUCCAUCAAAAUACAAUCACCCACGUCGAACCUUACGAGUGGAAUCAAAAUGGUGAAGUUUCAAAGAUAUUCACUACUGGUAGAGAUGGUAGAUUAGUGCUUUGGCCAGUAUCUGCUGGAAAAGGUUUAUCCGGAAGAAUGGCAGGUCUACAAGUUUAA